AUGGACAUGGCCUACGAGCUUCCCAACGGGAGCCAAACAUGGCUGUCCUCCCCGUUCGACCCCAACGGCUCGGUGGCAGUGGCCAACAGCUCGAACCAGACAGAGCCCUUCUACGACACGACGAGCAACGCCGUCCUCACGUUCAUCUACUUUGUGGUCUGCAUCGUGGGGCUGUGCGGCAACACACUUGUCAUCUACGUCAUCCUCCGCUACGCCAAGAUGAAGACCAUCACCAACAUCUACAUCCUCAACCUGGCCAUCGCAGACGAGCUCUUCAUGCUGGGCCUGCCCUUCCUGGCCAUGCAGGUGGCGCUGGUCCACUGGCCCUUCGGCAAGGCCAUCUGCCGUGUGGUCAUGACCGUGGACGGCAUCAACCAGUUCACCAGCAUCUUCUGCCUGACAGUCAUGAGCGUCGACCGCUACCUGGCGGUGGUGCACCCCAUCAAGUCCGCCAAGUGGAGGAGACCCCGGACAGCCAAGAUGAUCAACGUGGCCGUGUGGGGCGUCUCUCUGCUGGUCAUCUUGCCAAUCAUGAUCUAUGCUGGGCUCCGGAGCAACCAGUGGGGCAGAAGCAGCUGCACCAUCAACUGGCCGGGGGAAUCUGGGGCAUGGUACACGGGGUUCAUCAUCUACGCCUUCAUCCUGGGGUUCCUGGUCCCCCUCACCAUCAUUUGUCUUUGCUACCUGUUCAUCAUCAUCAAAGUGAAGUCCUCUGGAAUCCGGGUGGGUUCCUCCAAGAGGAAGAAGUCCGAGAAGAAGGUCACCCGGAUGGUCUCCAUCGUGGUGGCCGUCUUCAUUUUCUGCUGGCUCCCCUUCUACAUAUUCAACGUGUCUUCCGUCUCUGUGGCCAUCAGCCCCACCCCCGCCCUUAAAGGCAUGUUUGACUUCGUGGUGGUCCUCACCUAUGCCAACAGCUGUGCCAACCCUAUCCUGUACGCCUUCUUAUCUGACAACUUCAAGAAGAGCUUCCAGAACGUCCUGUGCUUGGUCAAAGUGAGCGGCGCAGACGAUGGGGAACGCAGUGACAGCAAGCAGGACAAAGCCCGACUGAAUGAGACCACGGAGACCCAGAGGACCCUGCUCAAUGGAGACCUCCAAACCAGCAUCUGA